AUGGCUACUGGAGAUGGCCGAAAAGCGAGACAAGAAUACAACAAACGUCGUAGUCGCCAAAGUAAUGGAAAUCUUAAGAUAACACAAGUUACACAAUCAACAACAACAAUAGCCAAGGAGAUAGAAAUGUGCGAUGCAAACAAGCCAUAUCAUUUAGUUUCCACAUCAGCUAAUUAUGACAGUAGUAGUAAUGACGGGUUUUAUUUACUGGAUCUGAAUACGGAUGAGCAACAGGAAGAGGACGAUAAUUGCUAUUUUGAUACAGUUUUUCAAAAACGAAUAAAUUUAGCGACUGAUUAUAUGAUUUUCGAUGAUGACCAUGACAACUUACCAUCGGAGAGAUAUGUUCGGGAUUUGAGACCUUUGCAUGAACAUACAAACUAUCAAUUAUCCAACCCUAAAAUUGAUACGGUUUAUUCGUCAGAUGUGAAACAAAUGUUAGAAUUAAUUGUAUCUAGAAAUUUGAAAGAAAUUCAACAUUAUAAGACAGUAAUCCAUGACAAAAAAUUCGUUGAGUACGAUGAUGAAAUUGUUUCUGGAAUUAAAUACCAGAACGCUUUAGAACAAUCUAUUCAGUCAGGUAAUGAUCGUCCAUUUAUUAGUUUAAUUCUUCAUCUUGAUGGAUUACCAUUAGUCAAAACAACAAUUGAGGAUCGUACACCGUUCACAUGGAAUCGUGAUUCAAAAGAAGCUGACGAAAAACAUCAGAAUAUUCUUGGUCAUCACGGCAUUUCAAUUGUUGCUCAACUUUUUAAUGAUGAUUUUCCAGAUUCGAUUAUUUGUGAUUAUCUUCACACAAUUUGUGCCAUACGGUUAUUACAUGGUGGUCCAUUGGUUCAGGUAUCACGUCAUUUUCGUGAAGAAAAAGCCAGAGAAUUAGUCGAUAUUUAUUUAAAACUUCAUUCAAAAUAUUUCAACUCCAGAGAAACAUUAACUUGUCAUCAACAUCAUCAUUUUCCAACACAAUUUAGUCUUCACGGUAGUGUUAGUUGUGCGGCAACUUUUGCGUUCGAAGACUUCUUGGGCAGUGUUGGAUCAUCGUAUCAUGGUUCAAAGAAUAUUGGUGAUCAACUUGUCCUGUACCACAACAUCGAUUAUUUUUUAUAUAAUGACUUACAACAGGAAGAUUCAUCUAUUGAUUGGACAAAAACGGUACCAAUUGAUAUUGUUCGCGAGAAAGAAAGAAAUGUUGAUGUGCUAAAGCACCAUCGUUUGUAUUGUGAUUGUGAAGAAUUAAGUUGUUUAUCUAUUUCAAGGCGUCACAUAAUAAAUGGUUUAAUGUAUCAUUCGUUAUUGUAUGCAAGAAGACAAACAUCGGUUAGUUAUUUUGUGGCUGUAGAGUCAAAUUCAGAAUUGUUUUGUUUUUUAAUGGCAACUCAACGAACGCCGCGUACAAGAAAAGAAAAUAAACCGUACACACCGGAAACAGCCGCAUUACCCGAUCAUUAUUUAAUUUAUUUUCCUCAAACAAAUGAAGCGAAAAUAGUACCAAAAACUUUAGUAAAAUUACUAAAUGGUAAACAAGCACAAGUGAAAUUACAAGGUCAUGUUCAUGAUGGCAUUAUUAAUUAUGCUGGUACAAUUGAAGCAUGUCAGAAACAUUAUAACAGUCAAGUGUCGUCCAGUUUACAAAUUGUUCAAAGUCCAGUUUUGGGUAGUAGAAUAUUGCGUGAUACACAAAAUGUUGAAGGUCAUGGACGAGUUGAAGAUGACGAUGAUGAAGAAAUAAAAAGUGCUCAACGUCUACAUAGCGACGUGGGUGGAGCUACUGCUGCCACUUCUCCUGAAACAUAUUCUCUAUUUGCAUUUCAACAAGAUGAUGAUGAGGAAGAAGUCGAAGAUAUACGACGUCCAAAAAAUCAUCAAAAACGACAUCGUAUUAGUUUAGCCGCAUUAGAAGAGGAAGAGGAUGAAUAUCUAGCUAAUGAAGAUACACGAAAAAGAACAGUCAUUCGAGGAAUACGUAAUAGUGGUCGACGUCUACCCGAUCUAUUAUCCACAAGUCCAUACAGCAACAGAGUUGCAAGUCCAGUUUCGCAAUCAGCACUGGAUAGAUUAUCUGGUUCGAUCUCGGCACAAUUUCAAACGUUUAGUAAACAAUUGGUUAUGUUAACAAAAAAUACAAAAGAAUUGGCAAGUGUAAAUAAACAAAAAAACGAAUUUGAAAUUGAUAAUGAUGUCAACUAUCCAAACGGAUUUAUUUAUCAAACAGAAGAUGGUGAUGUCAAUUUGUUAACUCUUAAUGGUGCCAAUGGACCAGCCGAUUUUGGUCGUCAAGUUUUAAAGGUGUUAUUUACCGAUAGAGAAUUAGCACAAGAUUUGAUGUCUCCACCUAGUAGAAGAAAUCAUACUGAUCGUCAGUUAUUGGAUGAUUAUAAAAUUGGAAUUUUAAAAGAAUUAGCUGUUCACCAAUAUAUUGAACAAAUAAUACAAUUACAUGACGAGAAUAAAUCAAAUACAAAUGAAUUUAAAUUAUUAAUUGUGAAUCAUAUUCAUUAA